AUGCCUUAUUCUCCCAAGCCCGGUGAUUCAAUCACCACCCUCGACACACCCUCUAUGCUUGUCGACCUCGACCUAAUGGAGUCCAAUCUCACAUACCUGAUGACCCUCCUCCUCCGCAGCAACAUUUCCGUCCGGCCCCAUCUCAAAACCACCAAAUCCGCCAUCCUCGCCCAUAAGAUGGUCGGUGCCGGCGCAACGGGCGGCUGUGUUGCGAAAUUAAGCGAAGCGGAAGUCAUGUGUUCAAACGGGUUUACCGAUCUGCUCAUCACAUCUGAGAUAGUGGGUCGGACAAAAGUUAGACGGUUGGUAGAAUUGUGGAAGGAUUAUAGAAAUCUGAAGAUUGUGGUUGAUAGUGCUAAAGGUGCGAGGGCGAUUAAUGAUGCGAUGAGGGAGAGUGGGAUGCAGGGUAGUAUCAUGACACUGAUUGAUUUGGACGUUGGGUUGCACAGGACAGGUGUGCAGCCUGGCGAGCCGGCAUUGGAACUUGCAAGAGUGGUGGCAGGAUGUGAUCAUCUGACCAUCAUUGGAGUCCAGGGGUAUGAGGGCCAUCUGCAGCACGUCCAUGGAGACGAGGAAAGGAAGAGGUCAUGUUUGGAGUCGAUGAAGAUUCUCACGCAGACUGCAGAGGCGUUGCGGCAGGAGGAACACCAGAUCGAUGUUGUUACCACUGGAGGAACAGGGACGGCGGAAUUUUGCGUUACAGUUCCGGGGAUUACAGAGGUGCAGCCUGGGUCAUUCGUCUUCAUGGACACAGACUAUAGGGAUGCGGUAGGGACAAAGUACUCGAACAGCUUGACAGUCCUGUCCACGGUUCUGAGUAAGCAGGGACCGACGUGCGUUACAAUCGAUGCAGGACUGAAGUCGCUCACCACAGAUAGCGGACUGGCAGAGUGCAAGGCCGCUGGAUAUACAUAUGGGGUCAUGGGUGAUGAGCAUGGCAGUUUGACAUGGGAGGAUGGGGAAGGCCAGGAGCUAGAUGUUGGCGAUACGGUGGAAAUGAUACCGAGUCAUAUUGACCCGACAAUCAAUUUGCAUGAAACGUAUUAUGCACAUCGAAAUGGAAUCAUCGAGGAGAUUUGGCCGGUCGAUGCGAGAGGAAAGGUUCAAUAG